AUGGUCUCUUUUUCCCUCUUGAUCGGGCUUGGUGCCUUUUCUGCUCAAGCUCUUGCCGUUUCAGACUCUGCUGAUUUUGAUGAUUUAAACACCAAAGCGGCCACCGAUGAAACGAGCUCGUUGGCUGGAUUGUCAGCUACUACCGUUACUGAAACCACUGUGGUAACUGUCACUCACACCUUCACCGAGCUCUGUGAAUGUUCAACCGAACUGGAUGGGGUCGGUUUCUCAUCGGAUCAUUCUGAAUCAGUUUCUUUGACCAAGGUGAGUCAAGGAUCAACGGCUGAAAGCUCUGAAACGAGCACCUCUCGGUUCACACUGACUAUUGAAAGCGGAGUUUCUAAGGUCAGUUCUGAAACAACGAAGUCCCCACACAAUCAGGAAACAACUGAAUCCAAGAGUACUGUGGAGACUGGCACUUCUGGUCACUCACUGAAUUCCCAGCAUCAAGAGACAAUUGAUUUCAAUACAAGUGCAAGGAACAACACCUCUGAAUACUUGCUUGCUUCUGAAACCGAGGCUUCUACCACUCAUUCUGGUACUUCUAGGUACACCAAAAGUCUGGAUCAUCAAGAGACGACUGAUACUCAAUCAACAGACUUUGAGACAAAGACCACCCAAUCUGAUACAGAGGCUUCGGGGAGUCAAUAUGAGAAAAAGACGACUGAGAGUCAGUCUGAAACAAAGACUACUGCAAGCCACAUUGUUGAAAGCCAGACUUCUGAAAAGCAAACUACGGAUACUCUCACUUCUGAAUGA